CAUUUUAACAAUCAUCCCCACAUAGCAAAACAAAUCCCUUCAUGAAACACUCGUGUGAAUAUUAGCUGCGCAAAGGCGCCGCAGAGGACUGAUUUUCCUCUGAUGCUGGAAUGGUUAAGGAGGGCCGCCGGAUUGCUGUCACAGCAUUUAUUCGCCCAAAAUGGAGCACUGCAAUCUUGCAAACCAGCCGUAUGGUUUAUGUUUCUUUAUUUUGUGUAUAUAUUGCAAGUGAUGAGGGACUGCGUUCUUUAAUACAUGCCUCCUUGACAAAGAGCUGUCAGUCACUGUGUUUACAGGAUUUCACCACCCGUAUAUGCAUGACACGAGUUCAUGUUCCUCUGAUCCAUAUUUAUUUGCUCAAACGUAAAAACAUCACGGGUACAGCAAGAUAAAACCGCCAUAUCAGCAUUUUCCACCGUGCGAUUCUUCAUCAGCACGUCCUUCGAGUGUGAAUCUGAUGGUUUCUUAUGAAGGACAAUCAUGAAGACCUUUGCAUUGCUGACACUUCUGCUCAUCAUGAGUGGUUCUGCAGUGGGACAAACGUUGACAGAUAAUUUGACCGGCUAUGUUGGAAUGGAUGUACUUUUAUCAAUUAACUGUUCUAAUGACCCGAAAGAGCUGGUAUGGCAGAAAGGUGACAGAGUAGUGAAUGUUCAUCCACAAGACAAGAGCAUCAUAGAUGAUUCCUACGUGGACAGGACACAACUCUUCAUAAACAAGGAGAACAGAAACUGUUCCCUGCUGCUCCGCAACAUCUCUGCAACAGAUGCAGGACUUUACACCUGUCAUGCCCUAGUCAGGGUUGAUAACGACGUCUGGUCAAGCAAGUCUAAAGAAGUUAAUUUAACAGUGUCUGAAAUGGAGAACGACCCUGAAAAACACACUGAAGACUAUUCUGUCACAGCUGUCUCUGUUAGUGUUCCCAUUUUGUUAGUAAUGCUUAUACUGGCUGUCAGCCUGCUUCUAACCCUACUGAUGAAACGACACCAUCGGAGAAACACGGACAUUGAUUCACCGGCUGAGAAACCUAUGCUACAGCAUGUGUGAAGUGCUCUUGCUCGACAGUUUAAUGGACUAACUUCUACAGUAUGUUGUAAUGCAAGGUCCUUCACAACUACAAUGGAAAAUAAGAGGCCUUAGCCCGAAACCAAUGCGUUCGCAUGUGGGCAUUACACAGCAGUGCGUGCCGAUCCGUCUCGCUUUGAGACAGGUCAAUGUGCAGUCUUCAGUUGUAACACUGUUACUUGAUAUUACAACUGAAUUGUGAAUACACUGUGAAUAUACAUUCAGUAGGCAUUACAGUUUUGUAACAUGACAAGAUUCUCCUUGUAGGAACUGUCUAUAUACAUUCUUUGAAGAAGAGAUGUAAUAGAUAGGGGAUGUGCAGUUUAUAUUUUGCCUUUUCCUCUCUAUUUGAGACACUUUGGUGGUCUCAAUUCUAAACAGGCUUUCCAAAUCAGUUUAUUUUAUUGUUCAUAUGUGUACAGCAAUCAUUUACUAAGCACACAUUAUGUAAGCUUCUUUACAUUUACUCUUGAAUGGGUUGUUUUACUCAGCUUGUGCUGAUUUCAUUUAUGUGGAAGAAAUAAUAUGGCACUCCCUAUGGGAUAUGUUUGCUUUUUUUACUGUACUAAAUUUCAUUUACUUUUAAAUGAAUUCUGUAAAGUGCUUCAAACCUGCCGAGGCAAUAAACCUUUUACAUAUACA